UAGUCCUUCUACAGUAGUGCGGCAUGUAGCGGCGUUGGGGUCGGUUAGCAAUCAUGUUUAAAUCCGUACCUGUAUGAAGUAAACAUCGCCGACGAAAUUAUUAACGGCAGAGAAAAUGUGGUGAUGUAACAGGUUGCCUGCUCUUCGUGCACGUGCUGCACUGACAGAUGGCUACGUAACUUGGAGGAGCCGCACGCGCACCGUGGACACGCCGCGCGGGUCCUGCUCGCGCCGCCGCCAUGGACACGUGGACGCCGAAUCCGCGAGCCAAGCCGUUCAUCCCGCGACAGCAGCGGAGCCUCUACCUCACCUGGAAGUACAAGCUGACGAGCAAGAGGGCGCUGCGACGCCUCUGCCAGGCUGGAGCCGUGCUGUUCUUGCUGGUGACGGUGGUAGUGAACAUCAAGCUAAUCCUGGACACGAGGAGAGUAGCGGACGAUGAGGAGGCAGGCCAGGAUUAUGAUGAAGCCCUGCCCAACAUGGAGACCCCCCGUAGACCACAAAGCGGGAGGAAAGUGCUGGAUAUUGAGGUGUACUCCAGCCGUUCUAAGGUCUACGUGGCGGUUGAUGGAACCACUGUCCUGGAGGAUGAGAUGCGGGAGCAGGGGAGGGGUGUUCAUGUCAUUGUUCUUAAUCAGGCCACGGGGCACGUGAUGGCCAAGCGUGUUUUUGAUACUUAUUCUCCUCAUGAGGAUGAGGCCAUGAUCCUAUUCCUUAACAUGGUAACACGUGGGAGGGUGCUUAUUUUCACCAUCAAGGAUGAGGGGACAUUCCACUUAAAAGAUGCUGCUAAGAACCUGCUGAAGGGGCUGGGCAGUCGGGUGUCGCUGACGCUGAGUUGGAGGGACAUGUGGACCUUGGUGGUGAAAAAGGGAGGUCAAGUGUAUGGAGAGAAACACUCGAAAUCCCCAGCCUUGUCAACUUGGGGUGAACCUGUGCUGUUGAAAACUGAGGUGCAGCUCACACCAUCAGAAGAGGCAGAGUGCCACUGGGCCGACACAGAGCUGAACCGGCGGCGGAAGGUGUUCUGCAGUAAAGUAGAGGGGUAUGGCAGCAUUUGCAGCUGUAAAGAUCCAGCCCCCAUCGAGUUCAACCCUGACCCGUUGCCAGGAAAUAAUGUCUACAAUGUUCCUGUUGCAGUAAUUGCAGGGAACAGACCAAACUAUCUCUAUAGGAUGUUGCGAUCUUUGCUCUCUGCUCAUGGUGUCAACCCACAGAUGAUCACAGUCUUCAUUGAUGGAUAUUAUGAGGAGCCAAUGGAUGUGGUGGAACUUUUUGGUCUUAAGGGGGUGCAGCACACCCCCAUAAGCAUUAAAAAUGCCAGAGUUUCUCAGCAUUACAAAGCCAGUUUGACUGCAACAUUCAAUCUUCAUCCGGAUGCCAACUUUGCCGUUGUCUUGGAAGAGGACCUGGACAUUUCAGUUGAUUUCUUCAGCUUUCUGAGUCAGACUAUUCAUCUGCUAAAUGAGGACGAAAGCCUUUAUUGCAUCUCAGCCUGGAAUGAUCAGGGCUAUGAGCACACAGCAGAGGACCCGUCCCUGCUGUACCGUGUUGAGAGCAUGCCAGGCCUCGGCUGGGUCCUGAAGAAGAGUCUGUACAAAGACGAGCUGGAGCCCAAGUGGCCAACACCUGAGAAGCUGUGGGACUGGGACAUGUGGAUGCGUAUGCCUGAACAGAGGAAGGGCCGUGAGUGCAUCAUCCCAGAUGUCUCCCGCACGUACCACUUUGGCAUCAUCGGCCUCAAUAUGAACGGCUACUUCCAUGAAGUCUAUUUCAAAAAGCAUAAGUUCAACACAGUGCCUAACGUUCAGCUCAAGAAUGUGGAGAGGUUGAAAAAGGAUACCUAUGAAUUAGAGAUACAGAACUUACUGGGGGGGGCAGAGCUCCUCGACCACAGCAAGAAUCCGUGCCUGGACUCUUUCAUCCCAGACACAGAGGGCAAGACGUACAUUAUGUACAUCAAGAUGGAGCAGGAGACUGAUGCCACAACGUGGACUGAACUGGCAAAGUGCCUACACGUGUGGGACCUGGAUGUCCGAGGAAACCACAAGGGACUGUGGCGUCUCUUCAGGAAGAAGAACCACAUCCUGGUUGUGGCAGUCCCUGUCUCUCCUUACUCAGUGAAGAAACCUGCCCAUGUAACCCCCAUCCACUUGGAGCCCCAGCCCAAGGAGGAGGGAGUGCCCGUGGAGCAGACGUAACAUUGGGCUCGGGGGCCACACUGGACCUUAACUACUUG